ACAUUUUCACUUCAACCUUUUUUGACGUCUUGGAACUAUUGCCCAUUUAUUACGUAAAUCUGCGAGCAAAAAUUUAUAAUAUAAAGGAUCAGAAUCACAGCAAAAAUGUUGAAGUUGGCGACUACUUUGAGAUUAGUCUCAAAACAGGGCAAUCAGGUGCGUUGUUUGGCCACAGCCACAGCCGCAGGUUACAAGGAGGCAUUAGUCAACGUCCCACCAACAAAACUCUCAGUGUUAGAUAAUGGAAUCCGCGUUGCGUCUGAAGAUUCCGGUGCUGCGACCGCCACCGUAGGACUGUGGAUUGACGCCGGAUCCAGGUACGAAAAUUCCAAAAACAAUGGAGUCGCUCAUUUUCUUGAACACAUGGCGUUCAAAGGUACAAGCAAGAGGUCACAAACCGACUUAGAACUACUCGUAGAAAACAUGGGCGCACACUUGAACGCGUACACGUCUCGCGAACAGACCGUGUUUUAUGCUAAAUGCCUUGCUAACGACGUACCAGCCGCCGUUGAGAUCCUUGCUGACAUUAUUCAGAACUCUUCGCUCGCAGAGCCCGAAAUCGAACGAGAACGAGGUGUCAUCCUCCGCGAAAUGCAAGAUGUUGAAAGUAACCUACAAGAAGUUGUAUUUGAUCACCUUCAUGCCACUGCCUUCCAAGGUACACCCUUGGGGCAGACCAUCCUAGGACCUACUAAGAACAUCAAGAAGAUCUCCAAGGCUGACCUUCAAAACUACAUCAAGACCCACUACCAGCCUUCUCGCAUUGUUCUUGCUGGAGCCGGUGGAGUUGAUCACCAGAAGUUGGUUGACCUUGCCAACAAGCACUUCAGUGGCCUCAAGAACACUGUAUCUGAUGUAGAGCUGAGCCCAUGCCGUUACACUGGCUCUGAGAUCAGAGUGCGUGAUGACUCCAUGCCCCUGGCUCAUGUUGCCAUUGCUGUAGAGGGUGCAGGGUGGACUGACGCUGACAACAUUCCUCUGAUGGUUGCCAACACUCUUAUUGGAGCUUGGGACCGCUCCCAGGGUGGUGGUGUCAACAACGCCUCCUACCUGGCUCGCGCUGCCUCUGCUGGCAAUCUCUGCCACAGCUUCCAGUCCUUCAACACAUGCUACAAGGACACUGGACUUUGGGGCAUUUACUUUGUAGCUGAACCCAUGCAGUUGGAAGAUAUGUUGUACAAUGUUCAGAAGGAGUGGAUGAAGCUCUGCACAUCAGUCACUGAGGGUGAGGUUGAGCGUGCCAGGAACCUCCUCAAGACCAACAUGCUGCUCCAGCUGGACGGCACCACCCCCGUGUGUGAAGACAUUGGUCGUCAAAUGUUGUGCUACAACCGCCGCAUCCCCAUCCAUGAGUUGGAUGCCCGUAUUGAAGCUGUCUCCGUGCAGAACGUGCGUGAUGUGUGCUACAAGUACCUGUAUGACCGCUGCCCUGCCGUCGCCACUGUCGGGCCCACUGAAGCUCUGCCAGACUACACAAGGAUCCGCGCUGGAAUGUACUGGCUUAGGGUGUAAACAAUUGUAGUUGUACAUUAAUAGAAACAAUUAAACAUUAUUUAAAUCAGUUAAGAUCGGAAAAAAACGCAUUAAACAUUUUUCUCCCAA